UUUUGUCUCUUUCCCCUAAAAACUUGAUCUUUCGUUUUAGCUCUUUAUCUCUGAAUCUCGAGCUUGUAGUAGAACCAAGCUUGAAUCUUUCGUGAUCACAAAGAUUCGGAAGGGGAUCUUCAGAUUUGGGCUCUACUCAUUUUGUCGGAGUCACUCAUCUUUAUGUCCAGAUGGAGGAGAGAGAAGGAACCAACAACAACACCACCAGCUUGAACCACCAAGCUGCUGCUGCUUACCCGAUGGACCCACCACGACCCGAUAACCCUAACCCGUUCUCGGCCCCACCCACCACUUCUUCUGUUGGGAAUGCUGCUCCUCCGUUCAGCUUAACAAUGCCGACGGAGACAGCGUCCUCCGAGCAGAAGAAGAAGAGAGGGAGGCCGAGAAAGUAUAAUCCCGACGGGACUCUCGCAGUGACUCUUUCCCCGAUGCCAAUCUCCUCCUCUGUUCAGUUGACGUCGGGGUUACCUCCUAGGAAGCGAGGAAGAGGGCGUGGCAGGUCUAGUCAAUGGCUUAAGAAGCCUGAGAUGUUCCAAUUCGACAGAAGUCCUGUUGAAACCAGUUUUGCAGGUGUAGGAACUGCGGCAGAUUUUGUCGGCGCUAACUUUACACCUCAUAUGCUCACAGUUAACGCAGGAGAGGAUGUGACGAUGAAGAUAAUGACAUUCUCUCAACAAGGAUCUCGUGCUAUCUGCAUCCUUUCAGCAAACGGUCUCAUCUCCAAUGUUACGCUGCGUCAAACUACUACAUCCGGGGGUACUCUAACUUACGAGGGUCGUUUUGAGAUACUCUCUUUGACGGGUUUGUUUAUGCAAACUGACUCUGGAGGGACUCGAAGUAGAGCUGGUGGUAUGAGUGUUUGUCUUGCAGGACCAGAUGGUCGUGUCUUUGGUGGAGGACUCGCUGGUCUCUUUCUUGCUGCUGGUCCUGUCCAGGUUAUGGUAGCGACUUUUGUAGCGGCUCAGGAGCAGUCACACCUACAGUUAGCAAAAGAAAGACGGCAAAGAUUCGGAGCUCAACCACCACCUUCUAUCUCCUUUAACAUCACAGCAGAAGAAAGAAAAGCGAGAUUCGAGAGGCUUAACAACUCUGUUACCGUACCUGCACCAACUCCUUCGUUUCCACAUGAUAACACAGGGAACGCGGUUCACAGUUACUACACAAACUCGGUUAACCACGUCAAGGAUCCUUUCUCUUCCAUCCAAGGAGGAGGAGGUGGUGGAGGAGGAGGAGAAGAUGAGGGGGAAGAGGAUGAAGGAGAUGGCGAUGAGUUAGAAGGUGAGGAUGAAGAAUUUGGAGAAUCUGACAACGAGAUUCCGAGCUGAUGAUCAUUUGCUGUGUUUAUUUUCAUGGGAUUUGUUAUGGGAGUGAUGGGUUUUCAGGUUUUGGUUGAUGGGUUUAUUAACACAUACUGGUUAGAAGAUGCUAUCAUUAGGUUUCUCUCCUCUUGUGAUUGUUGUAGUAGCCAUAUCAGAAAACAAACUUACUGUUGCAGAACAUUCUCAUUCAAGAAAGUUCUCUCUUUCCUU